AUGGUUUGGACUAGAUCCAUUGCUUUUCUGUCUUUCUCCUUGCUUUUUAUCCACAUAGCAGCUGUGUCGGUAAGUAGAAUUCUGCUCCUCGAGAUUUACAAAUCAAACAUCUUGCUAAAGGAAAUGGUAACACGUGAUACAGAUUUGGAACAGAAGGAUAUUUCAGAAAUCAAUUUGGCCGCAGGCUUGGACCUCUUUCAGGGUGACAUCCUUCUGCCGCCGAAAUCCAGAAACGGUCUGAGAGACCCAACUUACAGGUGGAAGUUCCCCAUUCCUUACAUCCUGGCUGACAAUCUAGAGCUGAAUGCAAAAGCAGCCAUUCUGUAUGCUUUUGAGAUGUUCCACCUCAAGUCCUGUGUGGAAUUCAAACCCUACGCAGGCGAGAGCUCAUACAUCAUAUUCCAGCAAUUUUCUGGGUGCUGGUCUCAGGUUGGUGACCUCCACGUGGGACAGAAUCUCUCCAUUGGUCUGGGGUGUGACUAUAAGGCCAUCAUUGAACACGAGAUCCUGCACGCACUGGGGUUUUACCACGAGCAGUCCAGGACCGAUCGGGACGAUUAUGUGAACAUCUGGUGGGAUGAGAUUAUCCCAGGUUACGAGCACAACUUCAACACCUACGAUGACACCUUCAUCACGGAUCUCAACACGCCCUACGAUUAUGAGUCUCUGAUGCACUAUGCCCCUUUUUCCUUUAACAAGAAUGAAAGCGUCCCGACCAUCACAGCCAAGAUCCCUGAGUUCGACGCCAUCCUUGGGCAGCACCUGGAUUUCAGCGCCAUCGACUUGGAGAGACUGAACCGGAUGUACAACUGCACCAGCACUCACACGCUUCUGGACCACUGCGCGUUUGAGAAGACAAACAUCUGUGGGAUGAUUCAGGGUACGCGCGAUGAUGCUGACUGGGCCCAUCGGGACAGCGGCCAGCCUGGACAGACGGACCACACCCUGGGGGGCCGGUGCACAGGUGCCGGCUACUUCAUGCACUUCAACACUAGCUCCGGGGCCGCAGAGGAGGCUGCCCUGCUGGAGUCGCGGAUUCUUUACCCCAAGAGGAAGCAGCAGUGUCUGCAGUUUUUCUAUAGGAUCACAGGAAGCCCUUCAGACAGACUCACCGUGUGGGUCAGGAGGGACGACGGCACGGGCAGCGUGCGCAAGCUGGUCAGGAUGGAGACGCUUCGAGGAGACUCGGACCAUCGUUGGAAAAUUGCCCAUGUGACGCUGAAAGAAGAGAAGAAAUUCCGUUACCUUUUCCAGGGCACGAGGGGUGACCCUCAGAACUCGGCUGGGGGGAUUUACCUGGAUGAUGUCACCCUGACAGAGACUCCCUGCCCCACAGGGGUGUGGACCAUACAGAACAUCUCUCAGUUCCUUCAGAGCGCCGCUCAGGGGGACAGGCUCCACAGCCCCCGGUUCUACAAUUCUGAAGGCUAUGCCUUUGGGGUGACCGUGUACCCCCGUGGCCGAGUAACCUCUGUGGACCCUGAGCACGUGGGGCUUGCAUUUCACCUGUGCAGCGGGGAAAACGACGCCAUUCUCGAAUGGCCGGUGAUGAACAGACAGGCGAUAAUGACCAUCCUGGAGCAGGAAGCCGACGUCAGGCACCGGAUGUCCCUAAGCUUGAUGUUCACUACUUCUGAGUCCCAUACAUCUCCAGCCAUAAAUGGCUCUGUCAUCUGGGACAGGCCUUCCAAGGUGGGAACCUAUGACCAGGACUGCGAUUGCUUUAGAAGCUUGGACUGGGGCUGGAGUCAGGCCAUCUCCCACCAGAUGCUGAGAAAGAGGAGCUUCCUGAAAAACGACGACCUCAUCAUCUUCGUGGACUUCGAAGAUAUCACCCACUUGCGGCGGACUGAAGUUCCCACCACCGGCCGGAGACACAGCCCGCAAGGCCUCAUUCUCCAUGACCGGGAGUCUCUGGCCUCAGAAGAAGGUUCUGGAAGGGCUGCAUUCAAUGAAGCGCUUCCUGGCGAUCUGGCCGCGGGGCGACAGAAGCGGUCGGUGGAGAACACGGGUCCCCUGGAGGACCACAACUGGCCCCAGUACUUCAGGGACCCCUGUGACCCCAACCCUUGUCAGAACGAGGGCCUCUGUGUGAACGUGAAGGGCACGGCCAGCUGCAGGUGCGUCUCUGGACAUGCCUUCUUCUACACAGGCGAGCGCUGCCAAGCCAUGCAGGUGCACGGCCGCGUGCUGGGCCUGAUCAUUGGAGGCACCGCCGGGGCCAUCGUCAUGACUUUUGUCCUCAGCUCCAUCAUUUUCCAAAGGUCCAGGCAGUGACUUGCUGGCCGGCUGAGAUCAGGCGGACCGCAGGAGCUUCCCCUCCACUCAGACCUUCCUUCCUUCAGCCAGCAGAGAAGGACCGGGGUCUCUGGCCUUACGUGUGGCCCUGGUCACUUUUCUUCCCACACACUGUUCUGUGAUGCUGCCACGCGCCCCCGGUGUGGCUGCAUAUCCCACCACAAAGCCUUUCCUGCUUUACAUGCGACUCACUCACUCGCCCGACUGUCUUUACAACAGCACGCAAGCUCCACCAGGGCGGGCGUUUGAUCAUCGUCUCCCACGAAAGCCCCGCAGCCCCAAGGUGUGUCUGGCUGACACGGUGUGUGUGCUCCCUGUGAUCAAAUAACCCGAUAAGGGAGGGACGGAGGCCCAGAGCCUCCUCCCUCUCUUCUCUUCUGACAGAUAAGUGCCAUGACGUGAAACUUAAAUACUCAUUUUUCACCACAUGCGGUCGUAGGGCUCCUCUGUCAACACUUCGUUAAAGAUUUCGAAGGAAGAUUUCUCUGGGAAGCUACUUCUUCCUCUUAUUCUAAGCCAAUGACU